GUCUUGUUGAUGAAUGCCCUGAGGAUAAUGGUUAAGAAUUUCAUGUUAUAUGAUGAAUACUCCGUCACCUGAUUUUUAAACCCUAAAACCAUUUUUUUUAAUAAAAAAAUAAAAAUAAAAAAUUCAAAUACAUUUUCUGGUAAAUCGACUAAUUGAUGACAGGCACUUAACUCGCUCUUCCUACAUACCCUCGAUUCUUCUUCCGCAAUCGGAGAUCAAAUUUCCGAUUUCAGCUGCAGUGGUGAUACAAAUUUUGACUGUAAAUCGGGGACCAGCGUGGUGAAAGCCAUUGAUGUUGUGAUUCUGGGAAACCUCUGCGUUUAUAUUGUUCUCGAUGUACCCGACCUUCCUCCGCCUUCCAUGGACGCUCGCAAAGCCUACUUGCAGCAGCUUUUCGCUUUCCCUUCUGAUAAGCGAUAUUGGGAAGCCGGUGGCAUUUGCAAUAUGGCCAUAGCAGCUGCAGGAUUGGGGCUUCAUUACAUUGCCACAAGUCACGUGGCUAACGACAUUUACGAGCAGUUCCUCCUAGAUGUGCUUCGCGAUGAGAGAAUCAGAAUGGUUGGGACGAGUGAAGGCACUGAUGUUGUUGACAGUUCUAGUACCCAAUAUGAAACACUUCUAUGCUGGGUUCUAGUAGACCCUUUGCAUAGACAUGAUUUCUUCAGUGAUAUUGGGAAACCGGUGGCAUUUGCAUUUGCAAUAUCACCAUAGCAGCUGCAAGAUUGGGGCUUCAUUGCGUUGUCAUAGGCCACGUGGUUAAUGACAUUUACGGGCAGUUCCUCCUAGAUGUGAUUCACGAUGAGAGAAUCGGAAUGAUUGGGACAAGUGAAGGCACUAAUGUUGUUGGCACUUCUAGUACCCCAUAUGAAACACUUCUAUGCUGGGUUCUAGUUGACCCUUUGUAUAGACAUGAUUUCUGCAGUGCUUUGCAUAAAGCGAAAUUGGAAAGCCAAUGGCAUUUGUAAUAUGGCCAUAGCAGCUGGAAGAUUGGGGCGUCAUUGCGUUGUCAUUGGUCACGUGGCUAAUGACAUUUACGGCCAGUUCCUCCUAGAUGUGCUUCACGAUGAGAGAAUCAGAAUGGUUCGAUGAGUGAAGGCACUGAUGUUAUUGGCUGUUCUAGUACUCCAUAUGAAACACUUCUAUGCUGGGUACUAGUAGACCCUUUGUAUAGACAUGAUUUCUGCAGGGUUGAACUUCAUGCAGGCUGAGUCACUUACAGGCAUAGGAAAUCCAGUACUGGCUGGGCAGGAGUUGCUUAAAAAAGGGGUCCGCACAAAAUGGGUGAUUAUUAAAAUGGGUGGUAGAGGUUCCUUGCUAAUCACACUAUCCAUUAUAUCUUGGGCUCCUUCUUUCAUGAUGAAAAAUCCACAAUCCGAUAUUCUUCUUGCCUAGAAUUAAGUCAUUGUUCAAGUGGUUGGUAUUGAUAUUUUUCUUUAUCAGCUUGACUCAGUCGAUGUAGGACUUUUCAAAAGAAAGGAAAAGGAAAAAUUGGACAUUUUUUUACAUGAUGCUAUGAUGCUACUUUCCAUUAUUAUAAUGAUGUCCAUUAAGUACUAGAAUGCCUACUCUGGCAUUGUUUUUGGAGAUGGUUCAUUCCGAUGUUUCUAAAAGAAUUUAAUGUACACUUUCUUGACUUUUUUUCAUUCUAAAAUUUUGCUUCAAUGAAUUAAAAUUAGCAAAACCCUAAACCAUCAAAUUCAUUAGUACUUUUUUCUAGGAAAUUCAUUAGUACUUUUUUUAGGAAAUUCAUUAAUACUUACUUUCUCUUUCUUCAACUUAUAUUUUUAAUGAAGUUUAGAGGACCAGAUAUUCUUUAAACAGUUGAAGAAAGAAGACAUUGAGAUGGGAGGGAAACUACUUAACUUCUUUUAGCAUAACCUUUGUGGUAUCUUUUCAUUAGUAUAUCUUAAAUCAUGUAACGUGGUGUUCUUUUGAUAUGUGAUCAGGUGAAAGUCAUUGACACCAUUGGUUGUGGGGAUACUUUUGUAGCUGCAAUUGCAUUUGGUUUUAUACAUGACAUUGGUAAACAACACCCACCCGUGCACAAGAUUUCUACAGUGGACUGGGUCGAGGACAAGCAGGAUAUACGCAAACUUACUCCACAUAAUAUGUGGAGAGGUUGUUUCCAAGAUUGAACUUGUUGUGACCUCGAGGUUUUAUACAUAAUAUUCCUGCAGUGAAUACACGUAGUGGAUUUCUAACUUUCUGUUAAUUUUCUUAUAGACUCGUGUAGCCGAUCCCAUACUUUUAGAAUAAAGAAUCGGAUGAUAAUGAACCUUGGAGCAAGUGGUAGAAAUCAUGAGAGCAUCAAACCUGAGUGAGGAUGACGACGACUUUUGGAACGAACUGCUCAGGGAAACAAGUACUCUGGAAAUUAAUUUCAUUUGAUUUGAAAAAGGGUACUAAAUGGACUCAGUAGUCAGCUGAACCAUAUGCUGCCCUGCUCCUGCUCCUGAGUAUACAGGUUUAUGUUUUUCUUUUCUUUUCUUUCUUCUUUUGAGUUUACUAGCUUAGUGGCAGUAAUGAAUUCAGAAUGAGGUAAGAAACUUGUAAAUAACAUUCACAUUCGCCAUUAUAUAUUUUGCAUGAGAUAAAGAUUGGAGUCUCCUCUGAAAGGAGACACUUGAAUGUGGGAGUAGGACUUGUAUCUCUGGUAUUAAAGGGAAAACUUCUUGUUAUUUCUUUACACCCUUGACUGGUCUUCUGAUGUUCUAUACUGAUGAAAUUCUUCA